AGAUUUUGUAUAUAUAUAUAUACUAGCAAAAGCCAUACUUUACUGUCAUAUCGACCCAUUUUAAGCUAAUUGUGCAUGCAUGUACAGUAGGCAGGUAAGUAUAUGAGUAGGGAGGGAAUAAACAAUAGGACAUUUAGAACUAAAUAAAAAGGAAUAAAAUGAAAAAAUAAACAGGUAAAAAAUUAUGUAGAUAUUGCAUAUAGUCAGACAAUUAAAUUUAAAAGUGGGAAAUUACACACCUACAAACAGGUACAGGGCUCUCUCUCUCUCUCUCUCUCUCUCUCUCUCUCUCUCUCUCUCUCUCUCUCUCUCUGGGUAGGGGGUUGCGCUGUAUGUAUCAUAACCAUUAAAAUUAGUACCUUUGGCAUACUUAUUGUAGAGCAAAAAUUCUUUGACGUUUGUUGAUACCGAAAUAAAACUAUAAGUUGACAAUGAUGCAAGGUAUGUGUAAUUCUUGCUGCGCUCGCCAGAACGGUAGCACCGUAAAACAUAUUAUAACCAUUACAAAUUCCAUGUAAUAUAACCAUUGCUUUGCUGGUAUAUAACAAGAUGCUAGAGCAAUUGCACUUCGUUAUGCCCUAUUCAGGGAAAAACGUUGUCAACGCAAUUGACGUCAAAAUCUUGCAAAUGUAACGCUAUAUUUACCGAAAAUGUUCUAUGACGUCAACUCUAUAGCGACAAUGUAAGCAAUCGGUACCACACAGAAAGUUGACAAAAUUGUCACACACACUCCAGUAACCAAUGAGUGGAUGAGUAUAACUGUCAUACAACGAUGCUCCUAUGUGGUAAUAAUUUCAGUUUGCGGGUAUUUAUCUAUCACCAUGAUUAAGAAGAUUUUUCGCCGAGAUAAAAAGACAAAGACCCCCAAGCUUACAGAUUCCGUUAAUUCAUUGGAAAUUUCAUCGUCACGAUUAUCGGAAAUAUCGAAGGAACGAUUGCUAUCCGACGAUGAACAGGGCGACGAUGUUUCCGAUUCGGCGUCUCUGAAGGUUCUUGGAGCAUCGACAGGGUCACGUGAGUGCUCUAGCAGUGAGUGUUUAAACUAUGGACACCUGAGUGAGGAGGCCCAAGAGACAAAGGCCGAGUACAAAAAGACGGCACGUAAACUCAACGUCGCCAUGCAGAAGUUAAGGAGGAAAGAAGCAAAGGUAAAGAGGCAACAGAGAGACAUUGUCUGUAUGCAGCGUGAACUGUGUGAACUGACGCGCCUCAUGCACAUAGCAAACACCCAAGCACUCUCCCUAGAUUUGGCUAUUGACCAAACCAAGAUGGAGAUGGCCUCCCUCUGCUCACAGAUUGAAUCUAGCUCAGAGGAGGAUAUUAUCCGAAAGCGAGAGCCUCUUUGCUAUAAGAAAUUAAAAAACGCCUCCACCAAGGGGGAUAUAGAGAAGGCGCUCUCCAUGAUCCGGGGCCGCCAGGAGGCACUCAAGCACCUCGAAGUACUUGCCUAUCGGAAGUUACUAAUGCACUCCAACAGCUUCACAAACACAAGUCGUCAGACCAGCGUCAGCUUCGGGAAGGACCGGAAGAGUGCGGACAAUUUCUUGGUAUCCUUUCGGAAUAACACCCAGGGGAGGGUGAGACCCGUCCCCCCGCCUAAACCUGUGGUGUCCAGCCCCACGGUGAGGAUGAACACCCACCUCCAGAGCGCCCAGAAUCUCCUCAAUGAACUAAUACAGAUCAGCGUCACCGGCGCCGCAAACACAGCGCCCGCGCCUCCGCAACAGUCUGACGUCUGAACUCUGUCCGAUUUCAAGUCGAGCACAUUUCUCAGCCAUAAUUCCAUUAACAAAAAAUCAAAAUUGGUCAAACAGAAUAAUAUCAUUUGUUUCUGUUGUUUGUUAGUUAAUAAUUC